UCUGAAAUCACAUUAAUCAGCCAUGGCGUUUGUACCUCAAAAAGGGAUCCUCAGGAGCGUAGCUCUAGAAGAGUACGUGUAUGAAACGAGUGCAUAUCCUAGAGAGCACAAGGAACUCAAGAAUUUACGAGAAGCUACAGUAAAAGAGUAUGGUAACUUGAGCGUGAUGUCUAUUCCGGUUGAUGAAGCACAAUUCCUGUCAAUGCUUGUGAAGGCUAUGAAUGCCAAGAGGACAUUGGAGAUUGGUGUUUUUACAGGCUAUUCUCUCCUUUCCACUGCACUCGCUCUCCCUGAUGAUGGAUUGGUAACAGCAAUUGACAUAGAUCAAAAAGCUUAUGAAUUUGGAUUACCAUUCAUCCGGCAGGCGGGUGUGGAGCACAAAAUCAACUUCAUCAACUCAAAUGCAACAUUAGCUUUGACCCAAAUGUUGAACAAACAGGAUAAUAAUAUUAAUAUAGCAGAAUUUGACAUGGCAUUUGUGGAUGCUGAUAAAUUUAGCUACAAGCAAUACCAUGAACAACUGCUGAAACUUGUAAAGAUUGGAGGCAUAAUAGCUUAUGAUAACACCUUAUGGUACGGCUUCGUCGCCGAAGAAGAAGAUACAGUGCCGGAGCAUUUCCGGGAGACAAGAAUGGCCAUACUGGAAAUCAACCAAUUUCUGGCAUCUGAUCCUCGAGUGGACAUCUCACAAGUUUCCAUCGGUGAUGGGCUUACCUUAUGCCGACGUCUCUAUUGAGAAAAUUAAUUAAUAUAUAAUGGGUAUCUGUAAUAAUGUGAUAUGGUGUUUGAUCACCAUCAGCGACUUGUUAUUACAUGAUUUUCCUUGAUAUUGCAGCUUAAUUGGAGUAUUGUUUAAGG